CAGCGCGCAGCUCAAGUCAGUCCUCGGCUGUCAGCGCGGCGGUGCGUUUCGAGCUCCAAGAGGCCUGCGGGCUGCGUCCACCAUGUUGUGCCGGGCGGCGUGCAGCACAAGCAGGAAGCUGGUGCCGGGUCUGGGGGCUCUGGGCUCCCGGCGGAAGCAUAGCCUCCCCGACCUGCCGUACGAUUAUGGCGCCCUGGAGCCCCACAUCAACGCGCAGAUCAUGCAGCUGCAUCACAGCAAGCACCACGCGGCCUACGUGAACAACCUGAACAUCGCCGAGGAGAAAUAUCGGGAGGCGCUGGAGAAGGGUGAUGUCACAGCUCAGGUAGCUCUGCAGCCUGCAAUAAAGUUCAACGGCGGAGGCCAUAUCAAUCAUAGCAUUUUCUGGACAAAUCUGAGCCCUAACGGUGGUGGAGAACCCGAAGGGGAGUUGCUGGAAGCCAUCAAACAUGACUUUGGUUCCUUCAAGAACUUUAAGGAGAAGUUGACCACCGUAUCUGUUGGUGUCCAAGGCUCAGGCUGGGGUUGGCUCGGUUUCAGUAAGGAACAGGGACGCUUACAGAUUGCUGCUUGUUCUAACCAGGAUCCCCUGCAAGGAACAACAGGUCUUAUUCCACUGCUGGGAAUUGAUGUGUGGGAGCAUGCUUAUUACCUUCAGUAUAAAAAUGUCAGGCCUGAUUAUCUGAAAGCCAUUUGGAAUGUAAUCAGCUGGGAGAACGUAGCUGCGAGAUACACGGCCUGCAAAAAGUGAAACGCCAGCCUUCCACUGAGAGCAUCAAGCUCUUUGUGACUAUGUUUGUAGUAGUGCAGAGAACCACGUAUACCAGUAAGCUGCUCCAUCGUAGUGUUUCUGAGUGUGGCUUAUUCAAAUAUUUGAUAAACAUAAUUUAGUGCUGUGAAUAAUCUCUUUUAAAAGCUUGUUAUUAGGCAACUGUUUGAAAAUGUUAAAUGCUUUGUAUAAUUUAAUCUUUUGAUUGAACAUUUUCUUCAGAGAGCUAUAAUAGUUAGGAGAUUAUAAUUUUCAUCAUAAAACCAUGAAGGAUGUUUCAUCCCUAUACUGUUGGGGUGUCUAAGGAAGCCUUUCUAAUCCUGUUCUAUUGCAGUUACAGAAAAUCUGGUCUUUUGCCCCAUUUGUUUAAUAAUAAAAUACUAAAUUUAUUUCCCAAGGGAAAUAUUCAGUUUUCUAUUGAAAAUUGCUCUUUUUGUAAGUAAUCCUCUGUCCAGUAUUACUUCGGGUGGAUAUCACCCAGUGGUCUUUAGUUACUUAUGAUCACAGGUUCUACAGGGUUAACACUAACCAUUUUGUCAUUAAAAAUAUAUAUAACUUGAUUGCUAAUUGCGAAUUGCUUUAUUAUGAGAAGGAAAUAAUAGUGCCUCUGAAUUUUUCUGCGGACAGAAAAAGACUUUUGUGAAAUUUUGUCCUCAAACAUAGAAAUGUGUGUUGUCUAAGUGCUCAAAGUGGACAAAUUAGGGCCUAGUUAAUAAAGUCAGUGAUAGGGAUGGGCCACAAAUCUGCCGGCCAGACACUUGCCCCUCUUCUUUUGGGCCUGCUCGUGAAGCAUCCCUCUCAAGAGAACCAGACCUGGGUCAGGGCCUGCGUUGCUAAGUAAUGAAAGACACAUUGGUUUCAGGAUGCAGUCAGGAGCAUGCCUCUAUGAGGAACAUUUGUUUUCAAAGAUUUGAUUUUGAGUUAUUUCAUCCAUUUUGAUGUUUUUUGUUUCUUCUAGAAAAUGUACAAUCGCUAUAGAAGCUUUAUAUUGUUUUAUUGGUUUUUCCAAUAAAGGGAAAACCGUAUCCCUAAUAUAGUGACAAGGCAGUCAAGUUCCAUUCGUGUUGGGUUUUUGCGAAUGGAGCUGUUCAGUGCAGCAGGGUCCUUUCUGUACUUGGCUUCACAGUGUCAGGUGUUCCGUGUUCUUCAUCAUCUUCUCUCCUUUUUUAUCAACUGGACAUUUCCUAAUAUAUUUUACAGUUCUGUCACUGAAGAUUUCAUUUGUUUCUGAUCUGACGAUUACAGGUAAUGCUAUUCUGAUACCCCGCACAGGUUUUACCUUCUAUUGGAAUAUUUCCUCUAUGUAGGUUUUUUUCUUAAACCUAUUUUAGUAACAGGGUGUUUUCUCAAGUUUAUUUUUUCAUUAAAAAAAUUUCCCCCUAACUUUAUUAUCCUAUUUCUUUUUCAUGGAAAAAUGGAGUGACUUAGCAGUUUCAAUAUUGAAGACUGAAGUUUUUAAAAAAAUUUAAAUUCAAGGCACUUUUCUUUUAGAAUUCAAUUAGAAAAGUAUUUAGGCUUUCUGAAUUGUCGACAGCGUUGAUGAGACUAGUGUUAACUGUGUAUGUGUGUGUGCUUGUGGAUUGAAAACACUUCAGAGACUAUGAUUGCCAUCCUUUCUAUACCACAGUAAAAUGGCUUUAAUGGGGCACAACUGAGAGCCGUGUGACCGCUGCUUACAUAUACCCUAUACACACAUAUAUAUAUGCCUAUAUAUUAUAAACAAGGCAGUGAACUCUGUAAACAGACCAUUGAGAAAAUAGGACCUUCUUGAAAGAUGGGCUUUUGAAAACAAGUAGUCUUCUAGAUCAUGAACUAACAAAGAUAUGCAGAGACUACUGACUUAUAUAAAGCUUUUGGACUCUCAUUAAGCUUUAAGAUUAAAAAGAAAUUCAAUGUUGAAAUUUCUAUGGGGCUCUAUUUUUGCUUUGAUUGUAUCAUGUGAGAACAAGGGAAAGCAUGCUGUCCUCCACUGCACUUUUGGAUUUUAAGAGACUAAGAUAACGUACAGAGUAGAGAUUUUAAUCAUCCAGCAGAAAAUGAGACUCUAUAAGAUUCUGUUUAGCCCUGUUUUUCAUAAUAGAAAAGAAACAGAAAAGGUAAAACAACCGUUUCUUCUGGAAAGAGCAAGUACUGUUCACCCAGGAAGGAUUUUUGUGACUGAAUCAGCAGUGCCUGCUGUAGUCAUAGACGUGCUUCGAAAAUCGUAGCAUGAUUGGUGCUGCAGGGGAACAGGAUGCAGAACAAAUACUGUCUGUGAAAUAGUAUCUGUUGCUCGAACUGUUGUGUAAUAAUUAAACUUUGAUAUUGAGAAGUUACAACUUUAUUACACACUUCAGAUUCAUGAUUCUAAAAUGAGAUUUGAAUUUCUGUGGAGUGCCUUUAAAAAGUAACAUCAAAAUUAUAAAAUUAAGAUUGAUGUGUGUUGUCAGUCAUAUCUAAAACUAGGUAUAAAUACAAAUUUUGUUUCCUGUUUUAAUUUCAGGGGAACUACUGUUUGGGAAAGCUGUUCGGUAACUGUUUUAUAAAUUACUGUCUCUCUUUUUCAGUCAUACCCUAAUGAUCCCAGCAAGCUAAUGCCCUGUGUUCUAAGGUACGCAUGGUACAUAUUAAAAAUCCUUUAAGGUCCUGGAGAGUUUUCAUUUAAUUAUUCAUUAAAGAAGCAUUUAUUUUCAUAUUGUAAGUGUGAAGCUUUUUGAUUAUUAAUAAAAGAAUCUGUUAACCAUCAAA